UGUGGAAAUCUCCCUCGAAGUUAGGGGCCCAUAUAAUAAGCCCAAUAAGCUAGGCGGGGGAAUUACGGUUUCAUAACCGGGAAAUCCCGAAUAUUUAGAAAAUUUGUAGCUGUAUUUUAGCUUCUCCAAUUCCAAAUGGCGCCCGCCUUCCCCCCCUUAACUUUUCAAUUCUAGAUCUGCUAGUACUACUUACUGUUUUUUUUUUUUUUCUCUCUGUAUCAAACCAAAUUCCCCCAACGCAGCUAGGGUUUUUUUUUGUUAUCACUUGCUGUUUUGCUGCUGUGGAGUAGUAGUAGUAGUGUUGUUGUUGUGAUUCUUCUAUGGCGUCCGAGAAAGAAACCCUAGAUGACAAGAAACCAGAUGAGGUGAUGGAGGAACAACGAUCAAAGGAUAAGGAAAAGGAAGAAGAAUCUUCCGUACAAGGUAAGGAAGAAGAGAAAAAAACUGUUGAAGCACCAGAGAAGGAGGAAAAAGAGGCUGUAGAUGAAAUGGAAGUUGACAAAAAAGACGUGGAAGAAGAAAAAACAGUGAAGAAGGGAAAGAAGAAGGAGGAGAGUACGGAAGAGGAGCCGGUGACACCGAUCUCAAGGCCGACUAGGGAAAGGAAAACUGUGGAGCGCUACUCCGUGCCUUCAGAGGCUAGAAGUUCUACGCCUAAGCCAUUGGCAAUUAAGAAGGGUAGUGGUACUCAGCUGAAGGAUAUACCUAAUGUGGCUUAUAAACUAUCAAAGAGAAAGCCGGAUGACAACCUACAAAUGCUUCACAACAUUCUUUAUGGCAAGAAAACAAAGGUACAUAGUUUGAAGAAAAACAUAGGGCAGUUUUCAGGAUUUGUUUGGGUCGAAAAUGAGGAAAAACAAAGGGGGAAAAUCAAAGAGAAGCUGGACAAGUGUGUUAAGGAAAAGCUGCUGGAUUUUUGUGAUGUCCUCAAUAUCCCAGUGAGCAGAACUUCUGCAAAGAAGGAUGAGCUCUCAGUGAAAUUAUUAGAAUUCCUGGAAUCUCCUCAUCCGACAACAGAUUCCUUGCUUGCUGAUAAGGAACAGACGGGUAAGAAGCAAAAGAGAAAGGACUCGGCUAGCAAAAGCACAGGUUCCUCGGAUAAGUCAGUUAAGAAGCAUCAGAAAUCUGAAGUUGGGGUAAAACGCAAGCAGUCAUCAAAAACUGAGGAAGAAGAAGCUGAUGAUAAGCAAUCAUCAGAUAGUGAUCAGGAAGAGAGUGGUUCUGAGAAAGAGGAUGAAGCUCCUAAAGAAGGAAGUGAUCAGGAAGAGAGUGGUUCUGAGAAAGAUGAGAAAGAGGAAGUGGAAGAGAAAUUGAAGAAAAGUAAGUCUAAUGAGAAAAUUUAUUCAAAGGAAAGUGCGAAGAAGGAUUCUGGGAGUAAAGUGGCAGAGAAGUCGAAGGCCAUAGAAAAAGGUAGCUCUGCUAAGUCCUUGAAAAGUUCAUCAAAAUCUACCCCUUCAAGUUCAGCUUCCAAGAAAGGUGCUUCUGCUACCGAUUCAACACCUAAACCCAAGAAAGAAAAAGCUGAAAAGAAAAGUAAAAAAGAAGAAACUGAAUCUGUGAAGGAAAAUACUUCAAGCAAGAAACAGUCAAGCAAGUCUACUUCAAAGGUUCCUGAAAAAGGAAAAGGGAAGAGUGUAAAGAAGGCCCAGGAAGAGCCCACCAGAGAAGAAAUGCAUGCAGUAAUAGCAAUUAUUCUGAAAAAAGUGGAUUUUAACACUGCAACUUUAUCUGAUAUUAUCAGGCAACUAGGUACCCACUUUGAUCUGGAUUUGAUGCACAGAAAAGCAGAGGUAAAGGCUAUAAUAACUGAAGUAAUAAAUAGCAUGAGUGAUGAGGAAGAAGAGGACGAACCAGAGGGUGAUAAUGAUGCAGAAAAGUCUGAAGGCGAUGACAGUGAUGCUUGAUUUACUAGUCAACUCCAAAGAUUUGCUACCAAUACACAAGCUUGUUAUUUAUUCUGAUUUGCAUGUUGUCGUCUGUAUAGACGUGUAAGUGAGAAGGUAUACUAUUAGCUGCAGGGUAUACAGAUUGUGGCCUCAAUAGGAUAGUUGUAAGAUAGACAUUUCUGCGUUAGCCAAUCUGUAGAUGUAACUGUAGGGUUUCCUUAUCCCCGUCUCUUGCUGACAGUCAAGGAUUUUGAGCUUCUUUUACUUUUUAAUAUUUAGAACUAUUGCAGAUUGCUAGAGGUUAGAUAUGGUGAAUGACUUGAGAUUCUGUAUCAUGUGUACUGCUGAAUAAAGAGAUAAAAAAACCUCCAUAUAUGGCCAGAGGGUUUGCUUGAUAA